AUGGCAGUCCUUCUUGACUCUGAAAAGAUUACGCCCACCAAGGUUAUACCAGUCUCUGUCUUGUGUAAAGAUUAUAUAAGUAAUUAUCCACAAAAGAAAGGUUUGUUUGCAACAUGGACAGAGGAAAUACACUGUAGAAUCAUUAUCAAAGAAUGUUUACGGGCUGAAGCUACUAAACUUGAAAAUCAAAUAAUAUCAGCGUUAACAGAUUCUGAUGUAGCAGUUAGAAUGGCUGUAAUCAGUACAUCCUCCUCCUCUAGUGCUGCAGAUCAUCUAGCCAUGAUGUGUGCGGUGACAAUAUUUCAAGGUUUGGGAUUUUUGGCAUUUAUAAUAGCUGAGAAUGACUCAACAGGGCUGAGACGAGAAAGGGAACUGCUUAGGACUAGCAUAGACACAAUGAGAGUACUUGCAGAAAAGUUUGAGAUUGACUGGAGGAAGUGCUUCAUAUCUAUUUGUCUUUUAUAUGUGUUAUGUAAAACCUUGAAGGUUACAAAUAUCUCCACACAGGUGAAGGUGAUCACCCUAAAAGCCAUGAAGUCAUGCAUUGUAGGUUUUAUCCCUCCAUCUAUGGCUAUGCUCAUGAACAGUGAGAAGCAAGAAUCAAAUAGUGUGGAGCAUAUGGGUAGUGUGUUGAGUGACUGCUUAGCUGAUACAGAAUGGGAGGUGCGAGAUUCAGCCUUGGAAGUUCUCAAUACUUGCAUGACUCUUGCCAAAGACAGAUAUCCGUUUUUUGCUGAGUGGCUCAUUCGUUACAAUUUGGACACAGUAGUGCUUGCUGCUCUGGAAGACAUUGAAGGAUAUGUUCGAGCCAGUGCUUUUGGUGUCCUAGCAUGUGUUGUAUCUAAUGAAAAGAUCUGGUUGAAAUUCAGUGAGGAAAACUUACAGCAUAGGACUUUAGCAGCCAUAUUGUGGGAGGGGGAUGCUCCAGUGAGAAGGUCUGCUAUGUGUAUGGUCAGAGAGCUUCAUGCAGCCAGCAAGUUUAGUGAGGAGGAUUUAAACAACAUUGUCAUCAACAUCAUGCAGAGGUCAACAGAAGAUGAUGAUGAUGAAAUCCGGUUGAAUGCCCUCGAGUUUAUUCACAGUCACAUCAAUGAAAGCCUUCAGAAAUCAGGUAUGGUUGAUGGAGAAUUCCCGGCUGUGACAUUUAAGGGGGGAAAGAUAACCAAACUUGACAAACACGAAGUGCAAAAACAAAUUUUGAAGAUCAUAACUUGGGUAUGUGAUUGUGGUUACUUGAAUUGUCUUCUCUUAUGUGCAAAUGACCCAGUCACUGCAGUAGCAACAAAAUCUAGAGAAAUCCUUGUCUUCCUAAAUAACCUUCUUAAUAAAUACGAAAUGAAAACCGGAGCGCAUCUAGUAAAGAGGUUGGUUUUGACAUACUUUUUAAAAGUAAAAUUUAUUGCCAAGACAGGUACAAGUCUUCCUCAGUCAGGCAUAGCUACUAGAUUGUGCACUGCAGGCUGUAGACAAAGUAGAAGCAAGCAGGUUGAACAAUGGAUAGAGCAGGUGAAGAGCACGAGAGUUGAUUGGGCUGACAACUGGACUGAGCUACUGCAAUAUCAUCAGAAGAAUGGCACUUCUUUACCUGCCAAAAAUUAUAGCUUUAUUGCUGACCUGGAAACACAAGAACCUAAAGUGGAUGAAGCAGACAUACCUGCAGCAACAUUGUGGACCAUUUUGAUUCAUAUCCUCAUUUCCACUGAUCAGGUGACCACUCAUAAUAUGUCUCUCACAAGUGAAAUUGGGCAGAUAUACUUGACCAUAGCAGCUCCCUGA